AUGAGCUUGUGCGAAUACUGCGUCACCGGUGUCAUUCACGAAGGUGUCGCUGAGGGUAAAUUCGAGAAGGUCGGGGGCAUCGAGUGCUACGUCGCCACUCCAACCAAGGAUUACGCCAAGGAUACAGUCAUCCUCCACCUGACCGAUCUCUUCGGUAUCCAGCUCAUCAACCACCAGCUCCUGGCGGAUAGCUAUGCCCGUAACGGUUUGAAGGUGGUCGUUCCGGACAUCCUGUUCGGCGAUGCAGUGCCCUUGAGCGCGCUCUCCGGUGAUUCGGAUUUCGACUUCGAUGCGUGGCUGGGAAAUCAUGGCCCGAAUGUCAUGAAGCCUAUCGUGGAGAAGGUUAUCACCGCGCUGAAGGCUGAGGGGGUCACCAAGUUCGGCGUAAUCGGAUACUGCUAUGGUGCGCGAGGCGCAGUGGAUUUGGCCUUCCUUGGUGUCCCGUCCGCCGUCGUGCUUAACCACCCGUUUUUGCUGCAGAUCCCUGCAGAUCUGGAGAAAUACAAGGAAGUUUCGAAGGCCUCGUUGCUGAUCAAUAGCUGCGAGACGGACCCGAUGUUCCCCCAGGAUGCGCAGGCCAAGGCGGAUGAACUCUUCGCAUCUGGAUUUGCACCCGGAUACAAGCGCCUCUUCUGGGAGGGAUGUGCCCAUGGCUUCUCCGUCCGUGGAGACCUGAGUGACCCCAAGGUUAAGGCUGGCAAGGAGGGUGCAUUCAAGGAGGCCGUCAAGUUCUUCAAGAAGCACUUAUGA